AUGGCGGAUUUUCUUCUUUUCGAGAGCCCUAUGGGCUACGCACUGUGCAAGGUGAACAUCAAAGGUGAUGCCGUUGGCAACCGCUUGAAGGAAGUACAGGAGGGUGUCAAUGACUUUGCCAAAUUUGGCAAGAUGGUUGAAGCGCAGAGUUUCUAUCCUUUCGAAGGCAACGUGCAGGCUCUCGGCGAAAUCAACAACAUUUCGGAGGGUAUCGCGUCUGAGACUCUGGUCUCGUUCCUCGAUCUCAACCUUCCUAAGCCCAGCAAAAAGAACAAGGUUGUCUUGGGUAUGGCUGACAAGGGUCUUGCAGGAAGCGUUAAGUCAGCUUUCCCCUAUGUUGAGUGCGAAACUGGUGACACCAGUGAAGUUGUUCAGGACCUUCUUCGUGGUGUCCGUCUGCACUUUACCAAACUUGUGAAGGAAAUCGUCAAGCGAAAGCUGCAGGAAGUUGACGCCAACGCUGACCUGGACAUGACUGCCACUGAGGAUGUUGCUCACCUCGGUCUGGGUCACGCUUACUCGCGUGCCAAGGUUAAGUUCUCUGUCCAGCGCGAUGAUAACCACAUCAUCCAAUCCAUUGCCAUCCUAGAUGGUCUCGACAAGGCGAUCAACACUUUCGCCAUGCGCGUGCGCGAGUGGUACUCAUGGCACUUCCCUGAGCUGUACAGGAUUGUCCCCGAUAACCAGCGGUACUCGGAGGUUGCACUCUUUGUGCAGGACAAGAAGUCCCUGACUGACGAGAGCCUGCAUGACCUUGCCGCUCUUGUGGAGGAUGACAAGACUGUGGCUCAAAACAUCAUUGACGCUGCCAAGCAUAGUAUGGGUCAGGACAUUUCAACGGCUGACAUGGAAAAUGUUACUUCUUUCGGCGCCCGCGUUGUGAGCAUGUCUAAGUACCGGAAGGCACUUUACCAGUACCUUGUGAACAAGAUGGCCGUUGUCGCGCCCAAUCUUGCCACCUUGAUUGGAGAGGUCGUUGGUGCACGCCUGAUUUCUCACGCUGGUAGCUUGACCAAUCUGUCCAAGUACCCCGCGUCCACUGUUCAGAUUCUCGGAGCUGAGAAAGCUCUGUUCCGCGCUCUGAAGACCAAGGGUAACACCCCCAAGUACGGUCUGCUGUACCACUCUUCCUUUAUCGGUCGUGCUGGUCCCAAGAACAAGGGUCGUAUUUCGCGUUUCCUUGCAAACAAGUGCUCCAUUGCGUCUCGUAUCGAUAACUUCUCCGAGAACCCUACCACCAAGUUCGGUGAAGCCCUUAAGAACCAGGUUGAGGAGCGUUUGGAGUUCUACAACUCCGGUGCCGCUCCUACCAAGAAUGAAGUGGCCAUGAAAAAUGCCAUGGAUGCCAUCCUUGCUGACGUGAAUGACAUUGACGGCAGCGAUGACGAGAUGGUCGAUGUCGAUGCUUCUCCCGCCAAGAAGGAAAAGAAGCACAAGAAGGACAAGAGCGAAAAGGCCGAGAAAAGUGAUAAGAAGAAGCGCCGCAAGUCUGAAGGCGCCGAGGCUGACUCCGACAAGAAGAAGAAGCGCAAGCAUGAUGCUGACGGUGAGCCCACAAAGAAGAAGGUCAAGGCUUAG